CCGCAUCCGCCGCCAAAGCGACGGAAUUUAACUGUAUCCCUUUUACUUUUUUUUUUUUUGCUUUUUAGCUUUUAUUAACGCUUUGCCGAAAAUUUAUCAACCCUCCAUCGUCCAUCCAACGGCUGAUGUGCGUGGAGGCCCGUUAAGUCAUUUCACAUGCUGUAAUCUUUUCCUUCGCACGACAAUUAAAGCAACAAUGAAUGACAUUUCGUACAGUGUAAUUAGGUCAAAUCACGAGAAACAGAAGUCAUUUGGCCGGAAAUUAACUCCGCCCUCCUCUCUCUCUCUCUCUCCCUCCGCCAUAAAUAGCCUACAGUUUCCACUUCGAAUUCGAACCCACGCCUUCUGCCUCCCCCGCAUCGCAGAGAAAGCUCGAGGGUUGCCGACAAUGGCGUCGCACUCCUAAUCGCAGCUCUCCUGCUCUUGGAUUUUGGGUCUUUCUCUGGUUCGAGGUGUUCCUUCCUUCUUGUAAGAUUGUUUGCAGAGAUGGCGGCCACGAAAUGGAGUUCGCAGACCAGCGGCUACGAGACAGCGAUUUGGGCCACCAAGGUCGCUUUUUGCUUCCUCGGCGUCGUCUCUUGCGGCGCCGCCGCCAGGGCUGCUGUCCCCGCCGCCGCUGAAGUCCUGUCCUCCGCCCUCCCGGGCUUUUGCGCCUCCCUCCGCUCCUGGCUCGCGCCGCCGUACCUCCUCAUCGCCGUCCAUUUCAUUAUCCUCGCCAUCUGGAAGCUCUCCGAUCAGAUGCAGCACCGCGAGCAAUGGGCGGUGGAGGAGAAGACGGCGGAGCCCGGGAGUCCCAGAAGGUUCAAGGCUUUCGAGCCCGCGCCUACUGCUGGCCUUCUCCGGGGGCCCUCGCCGGGUAUCUUGCCGCCUCCGACGACCAUGGCGACUCCAGCACCGGAUCCCGAUGAGCGCUCGCCGUCCGAAGCAUCGUGCCUCACGGCGGAGUCCGGCGAGAGGUCCACGGCUUCGUCGGCGCUUGCGAGCAAGAGGAGCGUCGAACCGGAGUCCCAGAGCAGCAUGACGACGGUGGAAGAGGAGGACGAGGCGGUGGCGGUGGCGGAGACCGAGAUCGAGUCGACGGAUGCCGCGAGGAAAAUGAUCGGGGAGCAGUCGCCUCCACCGCCACAGCCACCGGCGGCGUCCGCGAGCCACGACGAGUUGAACCGGCGAUUCGACGAUUUCAUCAAGAAAAACCGGGAGCAGAUCCGGCUUCUCAGUAGCCGGCGGUGGCAGUAGAAGAUGGCAAAGGCAAAUGCACGUCAACUGAUCUCCAUCUCCUCCAUCAUCUUCUUAAUAGCUCUUUAAAACCCUUCCAAUACUAAAAGGUAAUUGCUGUACGACAGUCUCCAAAACUACUUCACAUCCGUCCUCUUGUGACUGCUGCUUUAUGUUACCUGAAUUCAGACAUCUCAUUCAUGGCUCUCAAUCUCUUUCGUCUCUCCUGUCUGCAUUCUUUCUUCGUCUUUGGAUUUCAAGUUUCGUCUCCCUUGAGGAUUGCAGGAUCUGUUCUUGGGUUGGUGUUUGUGUGGAUUUGCUUACUAUUUGAUCGAGGAGAUCAUACUAA